AUAAACACCAACUUUUAUGUUGCUAAUCCUAAAAUGUAUGACAAAAUGUUGCAUAUUUCAGGACCUUCUGCUGCCCUCUCCAAACCACCUGCUGAUGUACCAGCUCAAAAGACACCUGUGCCCCUUCCUGAAGAGCUGAAGUUUCUUGUCCAAGAGCCAGCCAAUUCAGAGUCACCAUCAGAGUCUUCAGUACCAACUACAGGAGACAGCAGCACUGCAGACACCCAUCAAGCUCGUAGGACACUUACAUUUGAGGAAUGUGGCAUAGAUGAGACCACUUCCCACAUAGCUGAACCAUCACACAAGCCAUUGUCCUCUGCGCCUAAAGAUUUUUCAAUGCCCAGUCCAGCUUCUCUACAGAAGACAACUCAAAGUACACCAGCCCAUCCCACAGAUCCUCCUCCACAGCUUAGCUAUGACCAUGAUGUUCGCCAGUGGAAGUGUUCCCAGCAACAGAGAAUCUGGAUGAAGACAGAGUUGGAAUCCAUGGGUCUGUGGCCUGGAUCAAUUCCUGUGAGCAACCCCAUGAAAACAGUGUCACUGUGGCGUUUACCUCCUCAGCCAGAGCUGAUGGACACCAUCACUGAUCUGCCAUCUCCCAGAUAUUUCCAGCUUCAUCCGUUUUUCAUUUGGAAGCCUGAAAAUGAUACCCUGAUGGCUCGGCUGAGGAACAAUUAUGCUCUGCCAUGCAUUGAAGAGUGUAAAAAGCCACAAGUGACAUCUGCAGGUGUUGGUAGACCUCGUGUGAUUGCAGGCAUCACAGGUCAAUAUUACUUAUUCUCUUCACGGUUGUGCUGCAAAGUCUGCAAAAAGAAAUGGUAUGCAGACAACCCGCAUUGGCUGGAAAAGCUUCCCAAAAGAUUCACAAACAUGUUGCCAGCAGUUCUUACUUAUAAGAAGGCUAUCUGUAAAUCUUUAUUGGAUGAACUGCGACGUACAGGUAAAUCACCCACUGACAUGGCUAAUCAGGUGAUGGAAAUGAUGCACCUGAAAUAUGAACGUGCCCAUUUGGCCUACCUCCUUAGUUGCCAGAAUAUCCUAGAUGCUGAGGCUGGAAGGUAUGGACAAAAAAGCAUCACAGGGUUCCUGAGAAAGGAGACCCAGCCUGCUCCCUUUGGAGAGUAUGAUGAUUCCAGUGGAUGGAAUGGGAUUGCUGUGUCUGCACACUACCUCACUGACUGUCUCCUGUACGAGUACCAGCGCCAAGAGGAAGCUAUUAAUAAGCUUCUACAGGGAACCUUUGGGCAGGCUUUCCGUUCUGACCACACGCGAAAGGUGGCCAGGAAGGUUACAUUUACAUCUGGCACAAUGUCAUCUUAUGCCAUCAUGAAUGAAACCUGGAUGAUCUUAUCAUGGGUGAUGGUACAAUCAGAGACAGAAAAAUCAUUGGAGCCCAUGUACAGGGGACUCGCAAGCCGGUACACUAUGGCAGGUGUGGAGAAGGCACAUUACCAGUGGGUAGACAGAGACUGCUGUGCACCAUUCAGAGUGCCAGACCCUCACAAAACAGAGCACCAGAACUGGGAAGCAUGGCAGACUACAGAUGACGUUAUUGCUGAAGCCACUUCCGGAAACUUGCAGAACACCUGUGCCUCCAGAUCUCACUUUAACCAGCACAUCACCAUCAAGCUGGACCUGUUCCAUUGUAUGAGGCGCUUCCUCCGUGAGUGCGUCACUGAGCAUCACGCCCUUUACAGCUCCUUCUGCCAGUUCUUGUCCGCUGCUUUCAGUGUGGUGGAUCAGGAAGACCUGCAGAAGCUCAAGGAUGCAUACACAUUUUGUGGUAUUCAGCCUGUCAAUCCCACAAAGCAGCACAUUCGAGAACACUGCAGAACAAAGAUCCCACAGCCUGGAGAACUCCUGAAAAGGGUUGAGGAUGUUAUACACCAUUUUCAAUUGGCAGCAGAUCCUAAUGGUGUUCCCUUGUACAAACCCUCCAUGCUUAAAGCAUGGCGCAUUCAACGCGUUCACAUUCUGCGGGGCUGUCUAAGCGAUCCAGAGGUUGCAGGUGAAAUUCUAUACAGGCAUGGUGGAACGCUGCAACUUAACCACGUCCAGGGUGAGGGGGCCAAAGUACCAGUAUGGAUCCCCAUAAGAGGAACAUCUCAGCAAGAGGGUUACCACUUCCAUCAGGCUCAGUGGGUCACUGGCACACGUGUCUCGUCAGAGCUGUUUCAAGCCCAGGGGAUGACUGGAGUGGCACGCUGGAAUUUUCAGCGUCUAGUGGACCUGAAACAGUCAGGUGUUCAGCUUCCAGGAGCCUUUGAUCCAUCUCUAAUUGCUGAUCUGAAUACUGUCUCAGAAAGGGUGUUAGGUAUGCCAAAGUAUCCUGCCCUUCGGGUAUCUAACAGAGAUACUGGAGAAAGAUUUGGGCUGGAGUACGUUGAACCUGGAUGCCGCCCUGUUGUACUGGACUGGGAAAAGCACAAGACCAAGACCACUCAACCUGUAAAUCCUGCUGAGCAGAGUGACCCACCCACAGCCCAGUCUCGAUACCCUUCUCCUGUUCUUGAUGUGACUUCAAGUCCUCAUCUAGAGUCAGUAACCUCCAGCACCCAGCCUGUGUUUUUGCUCUCCUCAUCUUUUCCUGGUCAUGCUGAGCUUCAUUCAGAGACAGUAACCUCCAGUGCCCAGCCUGUGCCCUCAAUCUCCUCAUCUUUUCCUGGCUGUGUUGAGCUUCAUUCAGAGACAGAAACCUCAAGUGCCCAGCCUGUUCCCUCGCUGUCCUCAUCUUUUCCUGGCCAUACAGAGCUUCAUUCAGAGACAGUAACCUCCAGUGCCCAGCCUGUGCCCUCAAUCUCCUCAUCUUUUCCUGGCUGCGUUGAGCUUCGUUCAGAGACAGGUAAGCUGUGA